AUGGAUUCUUCAUCCUAUGAGAAUCCAACUCCUGAUCAGAACUUCUCCUCUGAAUUCUCAUUCUGGUUUCUUGACAACAAUAGGGUUCCUAAACAAGAACUUGAGACCACUGAAGCUAUUCAAUCAUUAAAUUUGAAAAGAGAUUCCAAGAGGCAAGAAAAGCAGUACAUAGGAGUAAGAAAGCGUCCAUGGGGAAAAUACGCAGCGGAAAUCAGGGAUUCAACAAGGAAUGGAAUGAGAGUUUGGCUAGGAACAUUUGAGAGCCCAGAAGAGGCAGCUUUGGCUUAUGAUCAAGCAGCUUUCUCGAUGAGGGGUCCCCUGGCUAGCCUCAACUUUCCAAUGGAUCGAGUCCAGAAAUCACUUGAAGGUAUUAAGCAUAACUGGGAGAAUGGCUGCUCACCAGCUGCGGUUCUGAAGGCAACCCACAAAAUCAGGAGUAGCAUGUCAAAAAGAGCAAGAAGAAAUCAAGAAAAACAAGGAGAAAAAGUUGUUGUGGAGCUUCAGGACUUGGGAGCUGACCUUUUGGAGGAGCUUCUCAGUUCCUCAUCUGAAAGUGCCGCUAGUAGUCAUUAA